CAGUGCUCACGAGACCUCCAGAUGUUGUGAUCUCUGUGUCCCACCACACAGCAUGGGCAAGAUAUUUCUCUUUCUACACCUUGGGAGGUGCUGGGUGUCAGAUACUCUGCAGGGACUGGCAGGGACAUUCUCCACAUCUCGAUAACAGAUUAUUACUUGGAAAAGUUUCCCAAGAAGAUCCAAUAUGAAGAAUUGCAGUUAGUGACUGGGAGAUACCGAGAUUCUGAAGUGGAUCCAGCCAAGCCCAGCUCCUGUAACUAGUCGGUUCAGACCCCAGGAAGGAAAGAAGGUGUAUGUGAGAGAGGGGGAGAGGGAGAGACCGGCAUCCGGCAGCAGAGGUUUCAUGAUGGCCGAGCUGAGCACAGUGUCUCUUCCCCCAACACCAUUUGGCCUAGAUCUUGGAGAAGAAAUCAAGACUGGAUGCGUAAUGUUUUAUGCACCACCAGUGACCAUCUACGGCAUCACUUGGCUCAUCUGUCUGUUCGGGCUGGUGGGGAACGGGAUUGUGCUCUGGUUCCUCAGCUUCCACGUUAAGAGGAACCCCUUCACUGUCUACAUUCUCAACCUGGCCGUCUCUGACACUUUCUUCCUCCUCUACUCAACUGCUUAUCUCAUAAUUUGUGUGGUGGAACAUCCAUUUUGUGUGAAUAUUGUUUUUAUUUACAUAUUCAUGCUUUUUGACGUGCUGUCUCUGUUGACGUACAACACCAGCCUGUACCUCCUGACAGCCAUCAGCACUGAGAGGUGUCUCUCCAUUCUCUACCCCUUCUGGUACCGAUGCCACCGGCCAGAACACUUGUCUGCCAUUGUCUGUGCCCUGCUCUGGGCUCUCUCCAUACUACUUUGCUGUCCAGUGUGUGUUUUUUGUCUUGUUCUUCAAAGUGACCACUGUGUCAUAUCCUUCCUACCCACCUGUUUUCUGAAUGUUCUGAUAUUCGCUCCAAUCAUGAUUCUGUCCAGUCUGACCCUGUUCAUCAAGGUCCGACAUAGCUCACAGCAACAUCAGCCAGGAAAGUUAUAUGCUGUUAUCCUUCUCACCGUCCUCUUCUUCCUCCUCUUCACGGUCCCUCAGAGUGUCGAGAUCUUUCUCUUUUAUGGUGACAUAUUACAUUCCCGUGAGAUAUUUCACAUGCUGGCUUCUGCAAGCAGCGGCAUCAACCCAUUUAUUUACUUUCUAGUUGGGAGCUAUGGGAAGCGGCAAUUCUGUGGCUCCAUCAAGGUCGCACUCCAGAGGGUUUUUGAAGAGAAGACAGAUUCCAGAGAAGAUGGAGAGACAACCAGUGCAGAGCCAAUGAACACUGUCAUUUAAAUCCCUACAUCACCCAGACUUGGAGACCUUGUUCUUAGGAUGGAGAUUUACCUAGAUCCCAGAAUCAAAGAACUUAGAAUGGGAAAGGACCUGGUAGGACACUUGCUAAUUCUUCCCCACCCCCACGCAGAGCAGAGUCCUUCCCUAGAGUGGAUCCCCAGGGUUAUGUGCAGUUGUAAAGAACAACAAUGAGUUACAUGGGGCCCAACCUGCUCCCAGUGGAAUCUGUUUGGAAAGCCUUGUUGACUUAAAUGGGAUCAGGAACAGGUUCAUUAUGGUCUGAUAUGCUUUGUUCUAAAAAUGCCUCUGACAGGGAAUUUCAGUUUUGGUGGCAAGAUUCCUGGGGUGUUACCUGUGAGUGUUAUUUUCUCUUCUGUAAAGAAUUAAUGUUGGGGAUGCCGUUCGGCCUCCCCACUUUCCCUGUAAAUAUGCUGAGUAAAAAUUCAAUGGCCUGGAGAAAUAAUAGUAGCACGAAUAUAGGACUAUCCCUGUGUAACUCAGUCCCCAGCCAGUUCCCUGUGCAGAGACACUCCCAUAGAAGACAGGGAAUUGUUCCAUGCAGCUCUGGACUCCCACUGAUCCCAGCUGAUAUUUAAAUCAUUCACCUUUAUUCCAAUGGAAAUAAGACUAAUUAACUAUCAACUAACCAAAUUCAAACUCCUCCACUAAUAUUGCCAUGCAUCUGUGCUCCAAAAUGACCAGGCUAACUGCCAGGUUUUGCUCUCUAACUCCUCUUCCUCAGUACUCACCCCGGCCUUGACAAUUUGGGGAAUGUGUGACAAUCUGGGGAAUCGAUUUCCAGGUUAUGAAUUUGCUGUGAGAUGAACUCUCUGCAUGUAUCGGUAUCUGGCUGCAAACAUCAUUUUGAUUCUACAGCUGUUUCAUUGCCUUCCUGCUGCCUCUGUACCUCCAUCUUGGACUAAAGUCCAAGGGUUGGUGGCCCAGGGAUACUCCUUGAGGUUGUCUAAUUUGAUGGUCGUCCAUUCAAAUGGAAUCCCCCUGGACACAGAGAUGCCAGGGCACACCCAUGAUUCAAGUGUGACUUCUGUGGGGACGUCACUAAGCAAUAGAUCACCUGGUGAGGGACUCUGAGCACCUGAUGAGGCUGCCAGGGUUUCACCUGUCAAAGGGGAUGGGAGGUUGGAAAAGAGAGGGUUUGUCAGUGGCCAUUUUAGAGACCAAGAGAUGAGGACACUGACUGCAGAAGAGAGAGAGAGAGAUUGCCUGGUUCAGAAGAGAAGCCAUGUGCAGGAUUGGGCACUAGGGACCCCUUGAGGGAUUCUGACCUUCACCCAAAGCAUACAUCAGUAUGGUGAGGAGAGUGAAGUAGGGAAAUGUGCCUAGAUUUCUUACUGCUUUGUCCAGAUAUGUGUAUUUCUUGCACUAGCUAGAGUAAAGAGUGAUUGGUUUUAAA